AUGGAUUCUUUCAACAACGAUUCGUGUAAUACACUAUCAACUCAGUGGAGUAAUACCUCCUUCGUUGCCUCGAAUCCCUGGCUGGCAGACUACAACGAUGAAAGCUGUUCGCCCGCCUCUCCAGACUCUCCAUGCACUACAGCUGGCUAUCCGGCCUAUAUCAUCACUGCCGCCGAAGUGGCGGACGUGCAAGCUGGAUUGGACUUUGCACGAACUCACAAUAUUCGUCUUGUUGUCAAAGGCACCGGCCAUGACUUUCCAGGUCGCUCAUCCGGGGCCGGCAGUCUCUCAAUAUACACGCACAACUUGCGUGGCAUGGAGGUCAACAUGUCUGAUCAGACCGCAAUGCGCUAUGGUGGUAUCGCAGCAGUGAAGAUAGCGGCAGGAAUGCGAUUUCGCGAGAUCUAUACAGAAGCCGCAAAGCACAACAUUACCGUCGUUGGUGGUGCGGACCCUGGCGUGGGCAUUGGAGGCUGGAUACUGAAUGGAGGACACAGUCCUAUCUCUUCCUUGUAUGGCCUCGGUGCUGAUCAAAUUCUGAGCCUUGAAGUCGUUACAUCAGAUGGUCAGCACAGGAUCGUCAACGAAACAUCCUUUCCAGACCUCUUCUGGGCUCUGCGAGGUGGAGGUGGAUCAACCUUCGCUGUCAUGCUCUCAGUCACUGUCAAGGCAUAUCCUCAACUGAGAGGAGCAAUCAACUCGUAUUCGUUUGCCACGACUGCAGACAGCGAGACCUUCUGGUCAAUGUUGACUUAUUUCCACUCCGAAAUUCCUAGGAUUUCCGAAGCCGGUGGCAUGGGCUAUCACUACCUUGUUCGUGGCGUGACUAUCGGUAUACCUGAAGUAGAUAUGCUGACCGGCGGCUGGUUCUUUCCACAAAAAACAGUGGAGCAGAUGAACGUGGUUCUUAAUCCAAUUUUGGCCACUAUCAACGCAUCCUCUUUGGGUCCAGACACGAUCCAUGUAUCAAGCAAUGAUUCUGUCUUCGAGGCCGCAAUGUACCUUCUAGCACGCUCGUCAGGUGAAACAGCGGGCAUUUCGGGCAGGCUCGGUUCAUGGUUGCUCACUGGGCCGGCCCUUACGAACAAUUUUGAGGAGCUCAAGAAGGGUCUCAGGACGGCAACUCCACAGCCCUGGAAUUUGAUCAGCCACGUGGUUGGAGGUCCAGGCGUGAGAAAUGCUGUGGCUCAUCUGCCCGGAGGCAGCAACGCUGUCUUGCCAGCUUGGAGGAUAGCCUAUACGCAUGUUGUCCUCCCUCGAGCGUGGCCAACAGAUCCCAGCAAUACCACACUGAAGCAGUCGGUUACAUCAGCUCUCAGGGACGUAACGGUUCCAGCUUUGAAAUCGCUUGCACCUGUAUCGGGCGCUUUCAUCAACGAAGCUGAUCCCACCAACCCAGAUUGGAAGCAUGACUACUUCGGUAGCAACUAUGAGCGAUUGCUUAAGAUCAAGCACACCUAUGAUCCUCGUGAUGUCUUCUGGUGCAAACCUUGCGUCGGAUGGGACGAAUGGGAAAUCGUUGAUGGUCCGGAUAAUCUGCCUAUGGCAGAAUGGGGCGUCGGACAAAGUAGUGGAAGACUGUGUAGAAAAGUCUAA